AUCGGCAAAUACAACCCUUUGACCUUUUUCCGGUGCAAUGUAUAUAUACAGAAACACCUACGCUUGCAAUCCUGCGGCUUUUGCGAAAAACUUUUGACCCUGCUCAGUGUCAUACGCAGGGGAAAAAUCAAUCACCCAAUGACUGCCAAACUUUACAAGGCAAUGCGAGCCAACUCUGCACUUUCCCCGCCCGUGACGUCAAUGGGGGCUGAUUGGUCAGCUGAUCAAAUUGAACUACAAUCAUAAUAGGGGGGUUUUGUGCAUAACUGCUGCGGAAGUUUCCAAAUCCCCUGCCCAUUGUCCAUAACUAACCUUUCACAAGCCCAUGACUUCGCAUAAGCAAUUGUCCCACUGGAAAAAAAGCUUAAAUAUUCGAGUUUAAAUGUAAUUACUUUACUGUAACUUUUAGGGAAACCUAUUAUAUGUUCGACAUCCUAUAAUGAAACCAACAUUUGCCACUACAAUAGUACUUUAGCCUUCAUUCUAACACUAUAAGGUUGUGUAAAGAAAGCUAAGCUGGCUGCGAAUUAUCAGCAACUAUUCGCUCAAACUAAAAAAAUUCAAUUGUAAGAGAUUAGGUGUAACCUCAUUAACGACUGCGCUUACGACAGAUUAGCUGCAUAAAAAUCUUAAAAAAGUAUUUCUCUCUGUGCAUGAUUCGUGUGUAUCGACAAUUCGCCCACUACUUUCAUCAUGCAUUUCCCCUGCUCAGAUACCUGGUGUUUAUUAUGGCUUAGGUCACGUUUUGUAGCUGCAUACUCCCGCACUUGCGUUGCCUUUCAGUAAUUAGGGUUUGAGCAGCACUGGAAAAGUUAUCUACCGUAAUCUGACCAAUCUCAAGGGUUUCUUUGUUUACAUUUUAUAGAUAGGAAUAGCGUUAGAGGCCUGAAAAACAAAGCAGCUUUCCAAAUCGAAGGUUCAGUUGACUCAUCCGCAGAGUGACAAUUGAUUGUUGUUGCAGAUAAGCGUCGGCUCACCGCAGAUUAAAUUUCGCACUGAUGAAUAAUAUAAUCAAAAGAUGGCGAAAUGCCGCAUCUAAGGUCGAAGCGUCAGCAUAGUGCAGCCUUCAGCUUGAGUUACUUGGAUACCGCCGAAUCGGAUACUCAGCCGCGUCCAUCUUAGCAAACAGCAACCAUCAACCAGAUACAUAUUACCAUGAGCGUUUCAGUUAUUUUUAAUAACUACACGUACUCGACGGAUGAUGAGAAAAUAUUUACACUUCAGGGGGCUGACUCUUGCUUUUCGGUAUAUAUCUUUCUUCUAGAGAAACAUUCUGAAGUGGGCUGCCAUAAAUCCGAGAAUUGUUAAUUCAGCUGUCAUCUAUCAGCACACAGGUUGCAAAUCAAAUCAGGCGAAGCUACCUUAUCUCUUUUUGGCCAGCUUAUCUUGAUGUGCGGACCCCAACACACACCUGCUAAACGCAUUUGAAGUACUUUUAGAUGUUGAGAUAUCUCUGAAUUUCCCACUCGUGAUCCUUGGGAAUCUUUGCUUCGUUCCUGACAUUUCGUAUAUCAUUUCGAAUAUUUAUAAUAUUUUUUUUGGCUACACAUAUCUCCGCAUUGCUCAUUUCCAAUGACAGCGCUUCCGGAUGAAGCUGACCGAUUGGUGAAGGCGUCUGCGAUUCGAAUGCAAUGCCCCAAGGCGGCAACACAGAACCCGAAGAUGAAUCGACUUGCUCUAUUGACUGCGGUUCCCAAAAAACAUCCUUUUCUUAUAGCCAUGCAGUUAAGACGGCGAAGGAAAGCAAAGCAGCGGAGAGUGAUGAGGAAGAGGACAUGAAGCUUCUGCACCACAAUCAAACUGCCAUCGCUCGCUCUUCCGUAUCUGUUUUAAGAAACCAGACUGGAGUCUUUAACACCCUAUCCGAGCGCUCUAUGUCCUCUUUGGGUUACACGACAGCCUAUUUGUUGAAGAAAAAGGAACUCAGAAAAUCAAUAAACGAGAAGGUCAAUUUGUACCAGGCGAUUUAUUGUCUUGUAAAGGAGCGCGUUCUGACCAAUUCAGAGGUCACCAUUGGGAAAUGCCGUUAUCCCGUGCACUUGAUGGUCCUGCAAAGCUUUUCGCGAAUGUUUUGCGAUAUGAGUAACGAUUUAAGUGUGGAUCUGCCCAAAGAGAAAGUUACUCCGCGCUCCUUCAGCCUUAUCUAUGAUUGGAUGAUCCAGGACAAGCCGAUUCUACCACGACAUGGUCUUUUGGAAGUUCUCCAGGCUUCCACAUUUCUGGGUAUUCCGCAGCUAGUCAAUCAAUGUAUGUUUUGCCUGCAGAAUGGCUUUGAGGAGGACACCGCGGCAAUGCUGUACGUUGAAGCUAAGAUCCUGAAGCUGGAGCACACUCACUUUGAACUUCUUAAGCGCGUCGCAAAGUUUUUUCUCACUUUUGUGGCUUCCAAAGAGUUCUUGCGACUGCCAUUAGAUCACUUGCUCAUGCUGAUCCAGUCAAACCAUAUUGGUGUUAAUACGGAGCUAGAGGUCUUUAUGGCAGCCACUCGCUGGCUUAACCACCAUUGGCCCCAAAGGCAAGAGCAUAUAAGUGAAGUGGCAACAAGCAUACGUUUCGGACUGAUCCCACCAUGGUUGCUCAUCCGUCUGCAGAAGCCGGAUAUCAGCGCUGUCGAGGUGAGGAGAAUAGUAACAGUGACAGAGGUGCGUCAAACUAUUCAUGAUGGCAUCGCAUACACCACUUCGCGACUCUUUUAUGGAGCAGAUCGUGAGGCCUUUAUACAGCAUUUGCAUAAGUCGAAUGUGAACCCUCCAGUGCAACGCAGCUGGAUCUACGACCGGAAGUGCUCUCAUCACCAUCGCUUGCUAUGCAAGAACACGCUGGACUUAACCUACGAAACGUUUGUGGAAUACCUGAACUACCUGCAAACCCAGCACCGGGAUUACUGGCGUUCAAUGGAACCGGCGGAGGCCAGCAACUUGUGUUUUAACUGCCAAGCCAAAAAAUCGGAUCGAGCUAAGCCUACUAGUUGAGUUUAGAUGUUGGUUGUACAAAUUGGGAAAUAUAUAUUUUGAUAUUUAUAUAAGUGAAGUGUAGAUCAAUAUGUAAUUAGCGGUGUAAGCUAUUUGGUCUUUCUUAAUGUUUUGGUAAUAGUAAUAUAAAAAAAUGUUUAUUGCGAUACAUUUUUGUGGAAAUAUAAUUGUAUUUUUUAU